CCACAUUCGCAGCUUGAACAAAAUGAAAUCUGUUUUAUUUUCAUAUAUGCUAUACUUAUGCCUAAUGUUCAUCCUAGGCGAAACACAGGCUAGCGAAAAUGAGGCAACCACAAUAACAGAGGAGCAGUGCGGAAAGUACUUCUAUAAGGCUGUGAGUCCUUUGUUAAAAGACAUACAUCAGAUGAAGGAAGAAAUCGAAAACAAUAAUAAUAAAAUUGAAGGCAAAGACAGAGAAAUCAAGCAACUGCAGGAAAAGCUGAACCAACGUAAUGAUUUGGUGAUCGAGGAACUGAGAGCUCAGAAUGAAUUCUACAAACAGAGUAUCAAAGAGCUAGCGAGCCACGUUUUGUCCAUAAACGAGCAAAUAAGUAUACCCAAUUCCAAUGCCUUGAAAACUCAGGACUAUGAAGAGCAGCUGGAGAAACAAAAGAAGUCAAUUGAUCAACAGGCCCAACAAAUACCCGAGCUCAAAAACGAAAUCAACAUUUGUGCCAAGAAAUUAAAAAGAUGCGAAGAGAAGCCCGUUUACGGUGAAUGCACCGACUUUGCUGAUGCUCCGGGUAUUCAUGAGAUGAAACCGGAUCUAGAAGAUUCGUUCGAUGUACUAUGUGAUAGUGCGACAGCAGGUCCUGGAUGGACGGUUAUCCAGCAGCGAAUCAACGGUAAAGAGGAUUUCUAUAGGGACUGGGCCACAUACCGUGAAGGCUUCGGGGCCUUUGAUGGUGACUUUUUCUUAGGACUUGAAAAGAUUCAUCGCUUGACGCGCGUCCAGCCUCAUGAGCUCUACAUACAUAUGGAAGAAUUUGAUGGUAACACCAAAUACAGAAGAUACGAUCAAUUUGCCAUUUCCGGUGAGGAGGACCAGUACACCUUGAUCACCUUGGGUAAAUCUAACGGGAGUGCAGCAGGUGAUCAGUUGGAAUACCAUAAAGAUAAGAAAUUCAGCACAUUCGAUCGUGACAAUGACAAUUGGGAGUCUGUCCACUGCGCAAGCCGAGACAAUCGUGGUGGUGGUUGGUGGUACGGUGCAUGUACAUACAGCAAUUUAAAUGGCAAAUACUAUGAUCAUCAGGUGUUCAAUUAUGAUGCCAUAUAUUGGAAAGGGCUCACCAACUUGAAGACAGUCAAAAUGCUUAUACGCCCCAUAAGCAAUGGAAAAUAAAAUAAAAAAACUAAUAUGUAUAGUAUUUAUUGUAAAAAAAACUUAAAUUGUUGUACAAUUUUUUUAUAAAUACAUGCAGACGCUGUAUUCUCAACAAAAAUC